UAUCCGUUGCAAGAUACUUGUAAUAGAUCAGCCCGUCGCAAAAUGCUAAUUACAGACCUGUCCGUCGCAAAUGAUCAAUUUCUCUUAUUUUUAAAAAACCCCUUAAUGCGGCGUUUUGUUCGAGGAAGUCGCCUUACGCAGCCAUACAAGACUGAAACAGAGUAUAGGUCAUACACGACAGAGACAGAGACAGAGACAGAGAAGCUCGAAGUUUCUCAAUUUCAAUUCAAGUUUCAACCUUCGUCAUCCCUUAUUUAAAUUCAACUUCCACAGUCCACCCCUCUGGAAUUAAAUUCAUUCCAAAAUGAAACCAAAUCGUACAUGGUACUGGUUGAGCUUGAUAGCUUUUGCUCUAGUUUUCUGUGUUCAAUUUCAAGGGUGUGACAGUUUAGGAUCUACAUCGAAGAAAAAUGAUGAAGCAUAUGUCACUCUUCUGUACGGCGAUGAAUUCCUAUUGGGUGUUCGAGUUUUGGGAAAAUCCAUUCGCAUCACUCGAUCCAAUAAGGAUAUGGUAGUUUUGGUCUCAGAUGGGGUUUCUGAUUACGCCAAAAACCUUCUCCGGGCUGAUGGGUGGAUAGUGGAGAAGAUUAGUUUACUGGCUAAUCCUAAUCGAGUGCGUCCAACGAGAUUUUGGGGUGUUUAUACAAAGCUCAGAAUAUUUAACAUGACUAACUACAAGAAAGUUGUUUACCUUGAUGCGGACACAGUUGUGGUUAAGAAUAUUGAUGAUCUUUUCAAAUGUGGGAAGUUCUGUGCGAAUUUAAAGCAUUCUGAGAGGUUGAAUUCGGGAGUCAUGGUGGUGGAGCCAUCUGAAACUAUUUUUAAUGACAUGGUGGGCAAGAUAAAAACUACUGCGUCUUAUACAGGAGGAGAUCAAGGAUUUCUCAAUUCCUAUUACCCUGGAUUUCCCAAUGCACGUGUUUUUGAGCCAAAUUUGUCCCCUGAGAUUUUGAAUUCCAGACCCAUUCCUGAAAUGGAGAGACUAUCAACACUGUAUAAUGCAGAUGUUGGUCUUUAUAUGCUUGCUAACAAGUGGAUGGUAGAUGAUAAGGAACUCCGUGUGAUUCACUAUACACUAGGCCCACUUAAGCCUUGGGACUGGUGGACAUCUUGGCUUUUGAAACCUGUUGAUGUCUGGCAGGAUGUAAGGAUACAGCUUGAGGAAUCCCUUCCUGGAACAGGAAAGGGCCAAAAUCCUAAGGACAAUUUUCUUGUGAAGUUUCUCUUUAUGCUGCCAUUAUGUGCUUUACUCUUUUGCUGCUACCAUUCAUUUAUAAAGAAUCAAGGGAACUUGAGUUCACUUUGUAGGGGCUCACUAUGUGAUCAAGUCAAACACCUUUAUUAUAGGAUUAGAUCAAGUGCACCACUUGCAUAUACUAGUACUUCAACAUCAGUAACCAAUUCAAUCCAGCAGUUCUUAAGUGGUGCUCAGUCAAAGGUUCCUGCUUAUUUGGGUGGCAUUUCUGUUGGUGUCUGUUUUAUAUCUGCAGUGGUGUCUCUAGGACUAGCUCUAUCGAUUGUUCCUCGGCAAGUGAUGCCGUGGACUGGUUUGCUUUUGAUGUAUGAAUGGACGUUCACAAUUUUCGUUAUAUUAUUUGGAGGUUAUCUCCAUUUGAUUUAUCACUGGGGAAGAGUCGUGGCAUCUCGAGCAGCAUCCUCCUUGUCAGAUCCUGAGUCUUCAGAUUAUGAUUCUGGAAAACGUCAUCAGCGACAAAUGUCCUCUUGUGAUGUUACUACACUGUACUAUGGUUUAGGGAUGGCCUUGUUGGCCAUUGCUGCUCCAUCUUUGCCUUGUCUUUUUGGAAUAACUGCCUUGUUUCCAAGGUUAGGUUUGAUGGUUGCUGGGGGCAUGAUAUUGGCAUCUUUCAUGACAUACGCUGCCGAACAUCUUGCUAUCAGAUCAUUUCUUAAAGGCCUUGAAGAGUGGGAUAUUGCUCGGAAUAGGAGCUUGUGUUUCUCAUGUUGAUUGUAAUGAGGGGAAAUGGUGAUGUAAACCAUGGUUGAUAGUUCAUUCCUUUAACCAGCUUACACAUGCAGUUGUUCUAGUGGGAAAUGUAAUUAAGAAAUUUUUGUAUAUCUAGCAUAGGAUUGUAUUUUACUGAGGUUCUGUUGUAACAUUAUUGUCAUUCUUUCAAAAAAUGACCUUGUUCUAUUGAAAUUGCAUAUAA